GAAACCCUCGGCGCCAGGAUAGGGUUACAACAUCUUCGGCGAUCUAGAAUCUCGCGCGGAAUCGACGCGCCUAUAAAACGCCAUCAGGAGCAUACAGCACUAUCAACCCCAAACAAUCGCAACUCAUCCAUACACACAAAUUGACAGGAUAAAACGACCAGAACCCAAAAUGGUCAAGAUCGCACUCAUCCAACUCCACCCGGAGCCCCACGAUAUCGAAAAUAACUUCGCCCGCGCAACGGACUACAUCCGCAAGGCUUCAAACGCUGGCGCCGACCUGGCCGUCCUCCCCGAAUUCCACCUGGCGGACUUCCACCCUUCCCACGACCGCAGCAUCCGCCAACGCUGCGCAAACUACGCUACCCAUCUCUCGUCCUACGUCGCCCUCGCAAAGGAAUGCGCCAUUAACAUCGUCCCAGGGUCUAUCGCUGAGCUGCGUACUGACCCGGUCACCGGGGAAGAAAAGUUCCUGAACGUAGCUUACUUCAUCGACUCCACGGGGGAAGUCCGCGGCCGGUACGAGAAGAGGAACCUCUGGAUCCCGGAGCGCGAGUUCAUCGACCGCGGCGCGACCGACUCGGGCCAUGUCGCGUUCGACACGCCGCUGGGGAAGGUCGGGCUGCUCAUUUGUUGGGACUUGGCGUUUCCGGAGGCGUUCCGGGAGUUGGUGAUGCAGGGGGCGAAGAUGGUUAUUGUGCCUGCUUAUUGGAAGUUGGACGAUGCCGGGGAUGUGGGGAAGAGGCGGAACCCCGAGUCGGAGAGGGUGUUUCUUGAUGCUGCUAUUGUGAGUCGGGCUUUUGAGAAUACUGCGGCGGUUGUGUUUUGUAAUGUUGGCGGGAAAGAGGAGGACGGUUAUGCUGGUGCGUCCCAGGUGGCGGUGCCAUUUGUAGGCUGUGCUGGGAGGGUCGAGGGGUGUGAUGAGGGGAUGAGUAUUGUGGAGGUUGAUAUGGGAGUUUUGGAUGAGGCGGAGGGGGUUUAUCAGGUCAGGCAGGAUCUGGCGAGGGAGGAUUGGCAUUAUGGGUAUCGGCGGUAAAUCGGUUGGUAUGAGGGUUGGUUCUGUAUUUUGAGAUAGAGCUGGGGGGUUAUAUAUAAAUAGUACAUGAAAAUGAGACUGGGAGAUCGGGUUAGAUCCCCGCUGCUCUCCGGAAUGCAACGUUCGAUAUAAUCCAUCCAUCUCCGCUGAUUCCAUCUCCUGUAAGUGGUUGGCCGUUGCCCUUGGCUAGGUCC